AUGGGGCUGCAGGCGGGCAACGCGGCUCGGCCCAGGGCGUCGCGGCCUCCCAGCGAGACCAGAAGGAUUCGAAAGCCGUUGAUGGAACGGAAGCGUCGCGAGAGAAUCAACACGAGCCUGAACGACCUCGCCUCACUCCUGGCGGAGGCGCAGAUGGUGAAGACCGAGGGCGGGAAGCCCACCAAGCUCGAAAAGGCCGACAUUCUCGAGCUGACCGUCAAGCACCUUCAGAGGCUGACGGAGCGCAGGAGGAGCUGUCCGCGGAAGGACGUCGGGCCCGAGUCUGCUGACGAAGGGAAAGGAACCUCCAGCAGGUCUUGCGAGGGGCAGGUCGGGGACGCCUCGCCGGAGGCGUCCCGAGGGGGCGACAGCGGCGUAAUGGAGGCGAAGGAGGGGACGACGCCGCAGGAAGGCACCACUAAGACGGGGUCUUCGGAAGCCCUUGGCCAGGGACCGAAGGGCACGGAGGGAAAGGAUGCCAGACCCCAAGCCGAUGAAAACAGUCCCGAAGGACCGAAGGAAAACUUGGCCCUCAAGGACGCGAACUACAUGCUAGGCUUCAGGAAAUGCAUGACUGCGAUCGACAGUCUGAUGAGGCAGAGCGCGGACCGCCCGCAGGAAAGUGUGGGACCACGUCUGCUGCAGCAUCUUGCCGACUACCUCAACGGCCUCGGUGAGAAUCGGUGCCCGUCCCCUCGCGCGCCCUUGGCACCCAUCAAGCAGGAGGAGGGCGUGGCCAACGGCUCUCAGGAACCUCCUCCUUCGCGGGUAUCGGAGGCCACUUCCACCACCGCCGAGGCGACCACCUCCUCCACGCAGCAGGUGACGGGCCUCACGCUGGUGCCGACGCGACUUCCAGGGGGGGGUCUGGCUUUUCUGGUCCAGGGUGGGCUGGAUCCUAGUUUAUUACUCCAGACGCCUGUCAACAGCUCGGAUAAAGGCCAGGACAAUUCGGAGGACAACUUGAAGACUCAUGAAAGCGGAUCCACCUGUCCUCAGCCCUCAGCAGACUUAAGAACUUCUCGAGUUUCUACGCUAACUCCCAGCGAGGUCUCUUCGGAAACUGGAUCAGUCUGCGUGAAAAUCGAGGAUGCCAAGCAGCCGUCCCUUAUGAGAGAGAGUAUCGAAGAAAAGACGACAGAUAUUACGAAAACAACUUUAUCCCCAAUGCCUUCCGGUUCGAAAAUACUAAUAUCCACACCAGUGCCGCCCAUUACCGCGACACCUGUUCCCAAGAAACGGCAAAUGUAUGCGAAAGACACAGGCUUAGCUUCUGCGUCUCAAGUUCCCCUCCAUCUCCCUCCUACUCCAGAGACACCUGCUGGGAGGUCCGUCACACUCGUCCAAACGCCUCAACCAACAACCUCGUCCCGAACAUACAUCACUUGUGCGAAAGCAACCACUUCAUUACAGCCACCUACUGCCUAUACCAUCUUUCAGCUACCACCAACUCCCGAAACGCCUUCCCCGCUGAAACCCGAGAUUCAGGGACUCGCAGCACCUAUUCGAUGCAGUGAGACACCCGUCGCCUCAACACUGACGUCUCUCCCUGCAUCAACCGCAGCCAGCAUGAGUCGCCUACAACCCGGACUUCCCAGAGUACAGCUAGAGUACAACCUGCCGCAAUCCUCGUCUCCACAAUAUAAGGCCUGUGGAUGGAGGCCCGACGGCCCACAGACGCCCUCCACCUCUGCUUCCACUAGUCACAGAGGGGUCUUUCUGCCUCCCACGCCUCCCACGCCAGAGAACAAGGGCCUUCUGCAGAGGGUGCAUGAAACUCCCGCUCCUUCCCUCCUGAUGGGUGACGAAGAGCCCAUGGAGGAGGAAGGAGAGGAAGAAGACGUUGAUGUUCUGAGAAUGGAGGAAGGUCAGGAAAAUCGAGGAAUGGGAGAGGUCAAUGAAGGUCCUUAUGAUCUUUCACUUAGGAGGAUGUGGCGACCUUGGUGA